AUGGUAGAAUCUAAGCCUGUAUCCAAGGAUACUAAACCUGUAUCCAAGGAUAGCAAAUCUAAAUCCAAGGAUAGUAAACUUGUAUCCAAGAAUACUAAACCUGUAUCCAAGGAUACGAAGCCUGUAUCCAAGGAAAGUAAAAUUGUAUCCAAGAAUACUAAACCUAUAUCCAAGGAAACUAAGCCUGUAUCCAAGGAUACUAAACCUGUUUCCAAGAAUAAUAAACCUGUAUGCAAGGAUAGAAAACCUGUAUCCAAGGAUAGUAAACUUGUGUCCAAGGAUAGCAAACCUGUAUCCAAGGAUAAUAAACUUAUAUUAAAGAAUACUAAACCUGUAUUCAAGGAAACGGAACCUGUAUUCAAGGAUACUAAACCUGAUACUAAACCUGUUUUCAAGGAUACUAAGCCUGUAUCCAAGGAUACUAAACCUGUUUUUAAGGAUACUAAGCCUGUAUUCAAGGAUACUAAACCUGUAUCCAAGGAUAGAAAACCUGUAUCCAAUGAAAGAUUAUCAUUAUCCGAGGAUACUAAACAUGUAACCAAGGAUACUAAACCUGUAUUCAAGGAUACUAAACCUGUAUCCAAGGAUACUAAACCUGUAUCCAAGGAUACUAAACCUGUAUCCAAGGAUACUAAACCUGUAUCCAAAGAUACUAAACCCGUAUCCAAAGUUGCUAAACCUAUAUCCAAGGAUGCUAUACCUGCAUCCAAGGAUACUAAACCCGUAUCCAAAGUUGCUAAACCUGUAUCCAAGCAAACUAAACCUAUAUCCAAGGAUACUAAAUCUUUAUCCAAGGAUACUAAACCUGUAUCCAAUGUUACUAAACCUGUAUCCAAGGAUACUAAACCUGUAUCCAAUGUUACUAAACCCGUAUCCAAAGUUUCUAAACCUGUAUCCAAGGAUGCUAUACCUGUAUCCAAGGAUACUAAACCCGUAUCCAAAGUUGCUAAACCUGUAUCCAAGGAUACUAAACCUGUAUCCAAGGAUACUAAAUCUUUAUCCAAGGAUACUAAACCUGUGUCCAAGGAUACUAAACCUGUAUCCAAUGUUACUAAACCUGUAUCCCAGCUCAGCUCUGCUCUAACUAUAAUAAAUGAGACCCAUUCAUCAAUUAUUCCUUGUCAUCUAUAA